AUCGGGAUCUCGCAUCACCGCUUUCCUGUGCUCCGAGGCCCAGUGCCCCUUUUAAGUGCGAGCGAGCUGUUGGCUGCGUCUCCCAUCUCUUCACCUCCCAUUUGUUUCGUGAACUGAACAUGUCUUACGGCGGAUACGCACCUCCUCCUGGCGGCCCUCCGGGGUACGGUGGCGGCUACGGCGCACCUGGUGGCUUUGCACCUCCUCCGGGACCUCCUCCUGGUGCCGAUCCUCAAUUGUGGAACUGGUUCAGCGCUGUCGAUUCGGACAGGUCUGGCCACAUCUCCGCGCCUGAACUUCAGCGUGCCCUCAUCAACGGCGACUGGUCUCCGUUCGAUCUCGACACCGUCAAGAUGUUGAUGAGCAUCUUCGAUACCGACCGCAGCGGCACGAUCGGCUUCAACGAGUUCGCCGGCCUGUGGAAGUACAUCAAGGACUGGCAGAACGUCUUCCGUCACUUUGACCGCGACCGCUCCGGCUCCAUCGACGGCGCCGAGCUCAAUCAAGCGCUGGCUCAGUUCGGCUACCGCCUCUCCCCCCAGCUGCUCGACCUCCUUCAGCGCAAGUACGUCCCUGAAGCCGCCACCGCUGCCGCGGCUCACGGUCCGCCCCCGGGCAUCUCCUUCGACCGCUUCGUGCGCGCGUGCGUCGUGAUCAAGCAGCUCACCGAGUCGUUCUCGCGCCUGGACAGUGACCGCGAUGGGUGGAUUCAGAUCAACUACGACCAGUUUAUGGAGACCGUGCUGAGCUUGCCGUAAAGCUGGUAGCCCUUGGGUCGAUAGGCCCCGAACUGCUUCUCACAGAUAGCCUGUAUAUGUAUGACCGCUCGUAAACUGUAUCAAUUUGUGUAUAGUACGCGCUAGUGUGUAUAUUCAGUUUUGUGGCUCGUUC